AACAUCACGAACCUUCUCACAAUAUUUCUCCAGUCUCACCAUACGUUGACCUAGACAUCGACUACCCGAUACUCGGUCCGCCUACCAUGAGGGGAGCAAUUGUCUUCAGCGGUAGCUCGCACCCGGCCUUGGUCGACGGUAUCUGUGACCGCCUGGGGAGCCGGAAGGGCGAGGCAAGUCUGGGGAAAUUUGCGAAUGGCGAGACGAGCGUUAGCAUUCACACCUCGAUCCGCGACAAGGACGUCUUUAUUCUUCAAAGCGGAAGCGAGAAAAUCAACGAUGCCGUCAUGGAGCUCUUGAUCAUGGUGUCCGCCUGCAAAGGCGGCUCCGCAAAAUCAAUCACAGCCGUCAUGCCCUACUUUCCCUACUCGCGGCAAUCGAAGAAGAAGUCCCACCGAGGUGCCAUCACCGCCCGGAUGGUCGCCAAUCUCCUGCACAUCGCCGGUGUCAACCACGUCAUCACCAUCGACCUCCACGCUACACAAAUGCAAGGGUUCUUCAAGUGUCCAGUUGAUAACCUGAUUGCUGAGCCUCUCCUCGCUCGCUGGAUUCGCGUCAACGUUCCCAACUGGAAGGAGGCUGUCGCUGUCAGCAAGAACCCCGGAGGUACAAAGCGAGUCACAUCCUUGGCAGAUGCACUGAAGCUUAGCUUCGGUAUCGUGACAACCGAUCGCCGCAGGGUGGCCACCUCAGUGUGGAACGAGAGCGCUAUGUUCGAGCAGUUGAGGCUUGACGGCACCUACGAGACCCCUGGCCUUGUCGAGGCUGCCCUCGACGCAGAUACACACAUCACACCGAUCAGCACCAUUUCACAUGCGUACAAUCCGAAAGCUGAGGUCGGAAAGCCGACCUUGAGGACGCGGGCUCCUUCAAAUCCUCUUCAGCGACGGGCGAAUGGAACGGGCGAGACUCUCGGUAGUCCACUCGUCAAGUCAGUUAGGGUGACUUCUGUCACUGAACCCGAGGUUCCGCUAGACAAAAUACGAGAGGCGGCUCCGGCAGAGGGGGAAGCUGGCGAGGCUGCUACUGAUGAUAAGGAUUAUAGCGAGGAUGAGUACACGGAUGAGCGUGCUCGAGAUGUUAUCCAUGGCCGUCUCGUACAAGGCCACAUUGUCGACGAAGAUCACCCAUCGCCCGCCAUGUCCGCCGUGUCCAAUUCUACCUGGCGUAAUCGCCCACCAUCGGAUCACGACGAUGACGAGGACGUUCAGGUUCCCGAGCACAUGCUGUCAUCUUUCGUCUCCACUGCGUCGUCACUUCGCCGUACUGGAACUAGUGAGCAUGCUCAUGCGCUUGGUGGUACCUACGAUGCCGCUGCUUCUUCCGAGGACGAAGAGGAAGAUUUGAAGAACCCAGAAUUGGAGACUAUGGUCACACUGGUUGGCAAUGUUAAGGACAGGCCAGUCUUUAUUGUUGACGACAUGAUCGAUAAAUCCGCAUCCUGGAUUGCUGCUGCUGAAACCGUUGUUAAGCGUGGUGGUGCCACCAAAGUGUACUGCAUGGCUACCCACGGACUCUUCGGUGGUGAUUGCCUCGAAGAGAUGGUCAAUUGUGCAUGCAUCGAGAAGAUCGUGGUCACCAACGCUUUCCCAAUCCCUCCCCAUAAGCUAGCGCAGGCUGGUGAUAAGCUGGUCGUCAUUGGCGUUGAUAACCUCCUUGCCGAGGCCAUCCGUCGCAAUCACCACGGAGAGAGCAUUUCGCAGCUCUUCAUGCAUUACGACUAGAUGCAACGAGGAUGCUCGGUACGGGAUCGACAAAUGUUUUCUAUUUUAGCGAGGCGCUCAGGCAUCAUUUAGAGGGAAAAUCUCUUCCGGGGAAAAAAUAGUCCAAAUUGUGAAGCAGGCAGAAGCGUAAGUUUGCGACACGGAAUAGAAAAGAUUCCAAGUCGUAUCCAGACCCUGUCAAUCAUGAUAUGAAAUACCACAGGAAGUGUAGGUUAUAAAGUUAAAACCUACAUGUUAUG